AUGAGCAACAUUAGGGAGCCAGUUGACUCGAUCCUGGAAUUGCUGACCUGUGCUAACCCAACCGUCCAUCAUACUGGACCUAAAAGCAGGACCAACACCAGAAACCCGCACUACCAUUUCCCCACGCAGGUUAAAGAAUGGGAAGAAUUUCAGGACUUUGAUGUGCUGGGGAAGGUCUUUGGGGGGGAGCUACUAAAAGAGGCUCUCCAGGCAAGAAAGCUGCAUCCUCCCUUUAUUCGUGAUAGGGACAAUAUUCGGCUUGAGAGCGAUGAGCCCAAGGUUCGACAAUUGAUUGAAAAGUGGAACCAGGAGGUUGUCAUGUCGGCGAUACAUCCCAUACGUGGCCGAUUCCACCCGGUAAUUUGGGAUAAGGGGGAAGCUCCUGACGACGCUGAUUGCGAGUACGAAUCACCGGAGCCGCCAGAGAAGCAGCGAGAACAGCCAGGCCGAAAGUGUAUCGCAAAGCGUACGCCGCGUCGUAAACAUUCGUAUGCAAAAUUCAAGCCCGACUCUGGAUCUGUUUCGAGCAACCCAACAUCGGAAAAGGAUGCAAGGAAGGAGAAAUUCGUCAAGGAAUACAAAGUGGCAACUAAAUGGAAAAGCAGUUGGAUUCAUGAAAGGGGAUUGGUCAAUGAAUCUGGGAAAUGGAACAAGGAAAUGAGUCGCAGGAAUCCUGCCGGGCUGCCAGUCAUACAGACAUUCACCUACUGCGUUCAGAAUAUGUGUCGUUACGGAUGCAUCCUCACUUGCGAAGAGGCAUUCAUCUUCCGAGAGACUCAUUUCGAGGAAAGGCCAGAUGCUUGCAACACUUGGACCAUUAACCUGGCUUUAUGGUUUAUGCACGUCCUAGCUGGCAACGAAGCUGGUGUGAAUUGGGCAUACCCUCGACUUGAAAUCGAGACUAGCCUCAACUCAACGCAAUCUGCAUCGCAGGAAGCGCGUCUUUCUAGCGUCUCUCAAGACUCCGAAGACGAAGUUUACGAGGAAAACCGAGAUGAGCUGAAUGCGGCUAAUAAACUUGAAAAUCCCGUAGUCUAUGAAACUGGGACAUUACCCAUGACUCCAGAAACAAGGAUGCCGGCGAAGCGGAAAUGGGAAAUGGGUGGACAGUUUGAUUCAGAUACCGAGGAGAACACAGAAACGGAGGAGGAAGAGCAAGCUGAGACAGACGACAGGUUUCUCCAUUCGUUUGAUGCUAAACGCCGCUUCGUUCAGGUUUAG